AUGACCAGCUUCGAGAAGGCGGUAAAGGGUGCGUGCAAGCCCAAGCCAAAUCCACCCAAGGCCAAGUACCUUGACCCCAUCCUCGCCGCGACGUGGUCGGAGGAGGGCGCGGUACACGACGUCUGCAGGGCUCUGAUCCCCCGCUUCCGGGAGCCGAACACUAUUGUGGUCUUCAAGGCGUUGAUUGUGCUACACAUGAUGAUACGCAAUGGGUCGACCGACAACGUCUUGUCAUACUUGUCAUCGUCGGACGUGCUGAAGCUGAAGAGCAUAUCGUCGAUGAACUGGGAAGGAUAUAAUGCCCCGCCGAACCUCCUCAACUACGCUACGUACCUCGACACUCGUAUACGAGCUUACGCGCAACUCAAACAUGACGCGAUCCGAGUUCAGUCCGAGACCAACCGGGAUAUGCGAAACUCAGCUGCAGUUGAGGAGGAGCUGGGAUCGAGACGCGGACGAUCGCGAGCAAGGGAACCUCCGAAACUCAGUGUUGGUGUGCAGCGGAGCAAGACGCUUACAGGGCGGAAACUCCGGGUGAUGACAGUCGAGAAAGGUCUCCUGCGUGAGACCAAGAUCGUCCAGAAGAUGAUUGACGCACUCCUCGAGUGUCGGUUCUACCUUGAUGACUUGGACAACGAGCUGAACAUAACGGCUCUGCGGAUGCUGGUGAAGGAUCUGUUAAUCCUCUUCCAAGCAUGCAACGAGGGUGUCAUAAAUGUCCUAGAGCAUUACUUCGAGAUGUUUCGCACUGAUGCUGAGGAGGCACUGAACCUCUAUCGUCAUUUCUGCAAGGAGACCGAGCGCGUCGUCGAGUAUCUGGGUGUCGCGAAGAAGCUGCAAAACAUCCUCAAUGUACCAAUCCCUAACCUCCGUCAUGCACCGGUGUCCUUAGCGGGCGCUCUUGAGGAGUAUCUGCGAGAUCCUAACUUCGAGCAGAACCGGAUAGAGUACAAGGCAAACAAGGAGGCUGCGGAGCGGGCCGAGAGGACUGGCACCGCACCACCAAUGCCAAAGUCCAAGCCGCCAGAGAAGGCGCCUGAGGCAAAGCCUUCGACUUCCAACGAUUCCUCUGAAGCCCAGAGUCCAGGGUCCAAGGCACCGCAGGACAUGAUCGACUUCUUUUCCGCCAUUGAGAAUGAGCAAGAGAACAUGUUCAAUCCGCAGACUAACAGUCCAUCGACCGCUUAUUUCCAGCAGAAUGCUCUGCACAACCCCUUCGCUCAGCAACAGAUGCAGAUGAUGACUGGCGCGCCUCCAUUCGGCGGUGCACAACCUUUCGGCCAGCCGCAGAUGCAGCCACAACCCACAGGGUUCAUCAUGCCGCAGUACACUUCUACGAACCCAUUCGGUAUGCUUCAGCAGCAGCAGCAGCAGCCACCUCAACAACAACCAGCGCCAUUCCUUCAGCCACAGCACACGUCGUUCCUUCAGCCGCAAGCCACUGGUGUGAACCCAUUCCGGCAGAGUAUGAUGCUGCCGCAGAUGACAGGGAUGGCCGCCUUCGGUCAGCAGCAACACACUACCAGCACGAACCCCUUCCCCGUACAGAACACCGGACAGCCCUUUGCGGGAGGCUCAACGAUGCCGCAGUUCGGCAACGCCUUCUCAUCGCAAAUCGCGGCACCAUCCGCUCAGCAGCCCAAUGCUAACUCAACAAACACUGGUCCUGCCCGACCAAUGUCCGCGCCACUCACCGCCAUCCCUCCUGCGUUCAGUUCGUCAACAAGUCCACCACCCGCGCAGCCGGUCAAGACGCAUCAGACAGGGUCAAGGAAUCCGUUCGGCAUACCGGUAUCGACACCACCACCCAUGCCGAAACCUCCCACUCUGUUCGAGUUGGCUAUGGGUCCAUCUCAGCAGAACCAGCAGAAUGGUCAGCAGCAGCAGACGUCGCCAACUUCUUCUGGCUUCGGCUCGAAUGGCUUUGGGUCUCAGCUGAGCUCUCAGCCCACCGGCUCCGUCAUGGCGAACGUUGCUUCGUCGUUCACGUUCAAUAAGCCGGGCGAGAACUCUUCAUCCACGGCUUUCUCCCUAAACCCUCAGCAGACGGCGUCCACGACGACCGGGUCCACGUUCUCUGACUCCCUCUUUUCUUCGUCAAUGUCUAGUCAACCAACGGGCGCGACGGUCACAUCGUCAGCGCCGUCUAUCUCUGUCUCGCACGCCAACCCGCUGCAGCCGCAGAAGACAGGCUUCAACAGCGGACUGAAGGCAUUCAAGCCGUCGUCCUCGUUUGGCGCUGCGCUCCUCGAAUCCCUUCCGCCCAUCCCGCAGUCUGCGCCGACCACGCCCGGAGAGACACCACAGACGAACUCGCCCUUCCCGACGCAGAACGGCAAUGCGAACCAAGGCCAGUCUGGCUCGACGUCCGGGCUGGGCACGCAGCCCACAGGCUUCUCGUCCGGACUUGGCGGGCUGAACUCCCAGCCUACUGGGGCAUUCGGCUCGUCUCUGACUGGCCUCGGCUCUCAGCCAACGGGCGCGCUGAACUCGCAACCAACAGGCGCGUUCGGCGCCCUCGGAAAGUCGCCGGGCAGUGGCCUUCGUCCGCAAAUGACAGGUACAGCUGGCGGAGCGAACCCCUUCCGAGCAUCGAUGUUCCCUAUGACCACUGGUCUGUCAGGUGGCAACUUUGGCUCUGCGAAUGGUGCAGGGCCGACCCCCUCCUUCUUGGGCUCGUCACCGACGGGCGUCGGAAACUCUCAGUUCGGGAUGAGCUCGUCGUCAAGUGCGCCUUCGUUCGGUAACACCCAGUUCGGGCUUGGGCAGGAUGCGUCGAAACUACAGCAGCAACAGCAGCAGCAGCAGCAGAAUGGCAGUGCUUCCUUGAUUUAA